UAAAUAAUAUUAUUUUACUUAUGUUUUUUUCUUCAUAAAACACAAAUAAUACAUUAUGAAUAUCUAGCACAAAAUUUCAAAUGUCGAAUGAUUAAUAGUUUGGCGUGUGUAUUCAGAACAGACAAUUUAAACAUAGACAACUUCUCCCCGCAAAGAUGACAACUUCCCGUUAAACUUGAAAAACUUUUAAACUUCCUUACAUAUAAAGAUAACACUGACACGCGUCACUCACCAUGGCGACAAUUAUCAGCUCUCAGUAAUCAGUGUUUCUGGAUAAUUUCUCAUUCCCUGUGUUCUCAGUGUGGGUAGAUUGCGAGAAUGAAGCCCAAGAGUAACGGUAGUAGCCCCGGGGGUCAGGACGGCUUCAGUCUGCUCGACUCCACUGACAGUGAGGUGGAGUGGCUGAACUUGCCGCCCAUGAAGGGAAAGAAACCGAAGAGGAAAAAAAGUAAGCGUCCCAGGUCACCUGACCAAGACUCCUGUGAUGCCUGGUCGGUGAUUAAAGGACUUCUGGUUUUCAUGAUGAUUGCUGGCCUGGUGGUCCUUAGUUUAGCAUCAGUGUGGCUCACCAAGCAAAUCAGUGACAUGACUGAGAAAAUGAAACAUAUGGAAACAAGAAGCAAGACCAAUGAUGAAAGCUCUCAACAACUGUUAGUUCAAAUGGCUGUCGUUAAUAAAACACUGGACCAACAGGCUCGGUCAAUACAAACCCUUGCAGCCAGCAUUGCCUUGGUCAAUAAAACAGUGACAGAUUUGAAGGACACAGUGGGUCAGGCCACUGCAGGUCUCAAGCUGGCACCUGAGCUGAAGCUGCUACCAGAGAAACUGACAGCAGUCUCACAGAGUGUCGCUACUCUUGGUAGUGAUGUUGAAGGGAUGAAAGACACUGUGAAUAAGGUGGACCUCUUUAUGAAAACUACAGAUUUCAAGGUGCAGAAUCUCACACAACAAAUAGCAGUUCUUAGUCAGAUCAAGCCUACACCUAGUGAGCCAGUCACUCAUGGGAUUCAACCUGAAGUAUCCAAUGUCAUUCAGGGUGUAGUGAAACAGCUUGAGGAUGUGAACUCGACCCUGUCUGGGCAGAUUUCAGUCCUCAUGAAGAGCAACUCACAGCACCAGGAGCGUCUUUCGCAGCUUGAGAACGCCACAAAGACGUUAACAGGUCAACUACCCACCCUCUCUGCGCCUGACAUGGUGUCCAGCAGUAAUGCAAACACCAGUACCAGCACAUCAGACACCAGCAGUGAAACCUUCAGAUCUGCAGUCACUGAGAUAGUACACAAUGUUCUGGCAACUACCUCAAGUGAAACCUCUGAGGACACCAUUCAGCUGAAGACCCUCGUUGCAAAUGUGACUGCCAUACUGGUGGACCUCCAGGCUACUAAAGACAAGUUUGACACAGCUGCUGCUGCUGCUUCAACUAAGAUAUCAGGAGACCAUGAUCCUGAAAAUCCUGACAGCUACGUUACCAUGGGACUGUUUAAUGAAUUGGGAAGAGGCUUUGAGGAUAAAAUUAAGGUGUUGAACAAGUCGUUUGUUCAGCUGAAGGUUGACUUGGGGGGCCUGUACACGAUGGUCACCUCCCAGGCCAACAGUCUGGCCAAUGUCUCACACCAUGUGCAGGCACUAGAGACCUUUGUCAAGCUGCUCAGUCAAACUGGUACGACAACAACUCUCAAGAAUUUGAAUUCUACUGUAACAAAUAGUGCUACCACACCAACCCUUGAGUCUAAAGACCUAGAGGAAGAACCAGAGGAUGUAGAAGCAGUAGUGACAAGCAAAGUAAAUACAACUCCAGCCAGUAUGCAGAAUACAGACGGACGAAGUACAAUGAAAGUACCAUGGAUUAACAAUUUAGAAGACUUUGAUAUCAGUUUCCGUCGCUGGGACGUUCAAUCAUCUGGUCAAGUGGAUUACAAGGAACUUGAAAACCAUCUGGGUUCUAAUGUCCUUGCCGAAGCAGAAAUGAAGAAAUAUGAUGAGGACAAUAAUGGCUUGUACUCAAUGCAAGAGAUGGCCAAAGCCUUUGGAAUUGUUUUAACUACUGCAGCACCCACAAUGGCAGCUACCCCACAAAUGAGAGAGGAGCCACCAAGGUAGAACAUCACCUCUGCGUCUUUACCAAAUCCAGUCAUCACAUUUGAUUGAGAAGGUGGUGUGUCAUUCAUUUACAGAAAAAUCUUCAAUGUUUUAGUAUUGUUUUUCUCAUAAAAUUCAUUUAAAAUGGAAAAUUGAUGUUAGAUAAUAAACUAGCAACUUAUGUGGUACAAAAUUUUAUUUCGUGUCACUUUCAAAUAUAUAGUUAGUUCUCUUUAUUAUCUAUUAAUGUGAAUGUUGUAUUUUUUUAAAUUUAAAUGUGAAUUAAAAAAACACUAGUCUGAUUCGAAUAAUAAUUUUUGAAUAUUUUAAAAUAGCUUUCAUUAGUUUAGUGUGUUUUUAAUGUUUUUAUAUUGAAAUAUGUUAACAUUAUAUUGAUUGCAUAUUUCUGGAAAUCUGAAUACAGGAUUCAUUAAAUUAAUCUACAUUCAAUUAUAAUUUAAUUUUAUGAGCCAGGUGUCUCAUACAUGGUAUUGGUUUGUAAAUAUUUUGUUGACACAAAAGGUGUGUGUAACAUUUAGAUUUUUUCUCCUUAUGAAACAAAGCAAAAAAUCAGUACAUAGAGACUCAAUUCUGCAAAAUCUGCACAUUUUUUGCAUGUUUAAGUGUACAAGGAAGUAUAGAUUACUUUUAGUACAUUUAGUAUAUACAGUCUUUAAGUAAUUGCAUAGCAAAACUAUUAGUAUAAAAGCUGUUUAAGUGUUAAAGAGGGUUGUAAUCGGGCACUAUAAAAUGCAAAAAAAUAAAAAAUUCUUUCAAAAAAACAAUAGCAUUAUUUUCAUCCUAAAAAUGUUAAUAUAGCCCAUUCAUUUUGUGCGAGUUCCUUCCUUGGAACAUUAGGAAAUUGUUAAUUGUACAUAGUGUUAAUAGUUAUUAUUUAUGCAUGUAUAAAUAUUGUUUGCAAAAUCCAAAUAUGGUCCAAAAACGUGUGGAAAGUAUAUACAUUCAAAAACCCGUUUUCUUUAUCAUUUUAGUUAAUUUUUCCUCAUACAUACAGUUCAGUACAGUAAGUUCAUAUGUUAUAAUGAUGUCUAUAAGUUAAUUGUAAUUCGGUUACAUUUAGAUUUUAGUUUUCUUUACAGACACUCAAAUGAUAAUUGGUUUACAGAAUAUGUUUAAUUAUAAAUAUCAACGUUAUGGCUUUCAUACUGGAAGAGAAAUAAUUGAAAAAAUGUUAAAUCUCAUGACCUAUGAUUCAUACAAAAUCUCUCAUAAUUAUUUAUACAGAACCAGUGUAUCAUAAUACAAAUGUAUGCAUCAAAUAUUCAUUGAUUUGUGUAUAAUUUUAAAUUAAAUAAUUAUUUGACUGGUUUAAUUAAGAAAAUUAUGUUAAUUGUCAUUUAUUAUACUGUUGUUGUAUCUUCCAUUAAGAUGUUGUGUUUUCUUUCAGUUCAAGUUAUUUUAAAUUACUGUUAAGGGGAUUCACAUCUUCAAAAUAAGUAUCCCAAUUAAAUAUAUUUUUAUGUCCCCCAGUCUAUACUGGGGGGACAUAUUGUUUUUGCCCUGUCUGUUUGUUGGUUUGCGUCAAACUUUUACAUUGGCCAUAACUUUUGCAAUAUUGGAGAUAGCAACUUGAUAUAUGGCAUGCAUGUGUAUCUCAUGGAGCUGCACUUUUGAGUGGUGAAAGGUCAAGGUCAUCCUUCAAGGUCAAAGGUCAAAUAUAUUAGGGGGACAUAGUGUUUCACAAACACAUCUUGUUUAUUAAUUUAUUAACGUUCAACUUAUUGUGUUACAUUUAUUUGUGAUCAAUAUUUAAAGUUUGGCCAGACGCACAAGUUCAUAAAGUACGACUGCACAGCUUGAAAAUGUUAAUGCCUGUCUUGUUAUAACACAUGAGUCUGAGUACCUUUGUACUUAUGUGUACAGAUCUAUUAGGAUUCUGCUUAUGUUUUUGGUGGGGAACAGAGCAAGACUGUUAUAGUACAUAGCAAGAAGAAAUGUGUCCAUAGCUUGCAAGUGCACUUUAGGCAGUAAUGAAACAGUGAUUUCAUCUAGAAUAGCAGUUUGCAGCAUAAUUUUCUUAAAAAUAAGUGCGGAAAAGGGUAUAAAUGAGUGAUUUUCCAAAUAUAAAUUCCCUUGAUAAUAUAUUUAUGAUAGAAUCGUUCAGCUCGUGGGAUCAAGCCUAUAGUGUUGUUAAGUUUGCCAUAUGUUCAUAUGAAAAUCAUGAUUUUGAUUUUGUUUUUAAUCUGUGAUACUUCAUAUACUACAUAUAUAUGAAAUGCAUGGGUGGGGUAAAACUUCCAAAUAUAGAAAAGUGUGUGGUCGUUGUCAAACAUAAAUACAAAUAAUACAAAUAAGCUGUUUGUAGGUUGCAUGAUAUGCACAUUUAGUCUAAUUUAACAAUAACCAAAUGUAUGCAUCCAGAAAUACUGGAAAUUCACUGAAAUUCGCUGGCCUUGUUUUCUCAAAUGGUCGUGAAGUCUGUUUUAACAGGAUUAGCGUACAAUUACAUUCAUUUUACUGCUAAAACUACACCAUUGGGCAAAUAAAGUCAAUGAAACUAGGGUCACCGCAUAGAAACCGUCCAUUCAAAGAAAAUGUGGGUGGUUGUCCGCUUUAAAGGUAUUCCUAAUCUGGGACCUCAAAACCAGAAACAAGCCCCACCCACGCAAUUGUUAAAUAGCAAAGCAUUGCUGUUCAAAGUAAAAUACGAACGUAAAUAUCUUAAGUAUAUUAAUACAAUGUUAUCGAUUAUGGCAUUGCAGUUUUUUUCAAAAAUGCGUAUCGGCGACUGAUUUUUAUUUUAAUUAUAUGUGUUGUCUUUCGUCAUGUAGUUAAACGUUUAAAAUCUUUAAGUAACAGCGAAUGUUUUGAAUAAUAGCGGAAUUGUAUUGCAUAAUUAGUCAAUGUUUUGUACAUGUGUAAUAGGUGUAGACUUUGCUGCAUCUUUUUUCUUCUGUUUUAUGACAUAACAUUUAUGUUAAUUUAUUUAUGUUAAUAAUGCAAUUAAUGAAUUUAAAAAUAAAGUGGUUGAUACAA